GUUUUCGCAAACUAUGCAGUACGACUGAACAUAGGAACACUCAUUCCCGGGAAUAUCUACCUAAAUAUGUACAUAGUCCUAGGACUUUCUAGUGUCUUGGGGGCUCCAGUUAGUUACAUUGUUCUAUACAAGAUUGGGCGAGUGAAGGGAUUUACGCUUGCACUAGUCUCUUCAGGACUGUUCUCCCUCAGCAUGAUCGGCAUAGUGACACUGACAGAUAUACCUUUUCUGGCUGCUGUUACUUCAUUGAUUGGCACUGCAUUUGCAACUACAGCUUUUGGUAUUGUAUAUGUGUACAGUGGGGAGAUCUUCCCAACACCAGCCAGAGCUGCUGGAUUGGGGGGAGGAUCUAGCUUUGGUAGAAUAGGGGGACUUAUAACACCUCAACUCCCACUUCUAGCCAAGGCAUGGUAUGGACUCCCAUAUCUCGUAAUGGGAAUCAUACCAAUCUUAACUGGCAUCAUGGCCUUGCUUCUACCAGAGACAAUGAACAAGACUUUACCAGAGACUCUACUGGAGGGUGAACUAUUUGGAACAGAGAAGUAUGAUAACCUGUAUAAGGAGAAAAAUGAAGGAACAAGUCAAGCUGAAACAGAUAGUACAAAACCCCAAACUUUAAACAAUUGCUAUUCAACUGGACAUCAGUUUGAUUCAACAUCUAUUGAUCCCUACUAUACCGAUUUGCCAGGACGUGGACAUAUGUGAGACUACUUGUAUAUAUAAAUAGUCCCUCCAGGGUUUGCCUGCUUUGUUGGUAUAUCAUAUAUAUUGUAGGAG